AAAAUCCUGCGGGUAAGACUGUCCCGAGAAAACACGUGGAUAAUGUUUUGGUUCCGCUGACUCGCUGAGGUGAGUGUCUCUGCCUCAGCACACGUGAUUGACAUGAGCCACAGGAAGAGGGAUAAAAGAGCAAAAACAAAAGCAGCUCUGAACUUUUUGGAGAGCCAGAUCAGGAUUGAAGUGUGGACAUAGCGAUGGAGGAAGAUUGCUCCUUUGUGGCUCCAGGACACAUCCCCACCAGGUGGCACCGGCCCCCUGGUCACCCGCAGAACCACCGAGGCUUCCACCACUCCCUGCCAAACCAAAGAAAUGCCCAAGCCUACCAGAGCAACACCUGGGGCUACCAGAGUAGUGGCCAGGGAUAUCCCAGUGCUCCCCAGCAUCACCAUUACAACAGCCAGGCCUACCACAAUAAGGCACAGGCUUACCAACAAGAAACAUUCUCCUGUGGGCCUUGCAAUCGCACAUUCCACUCCAAGUACCAGUAUGAGCAGCACCUCCAGGAACAUGUCAAGUGCCCCUUCCCUGAGUGCAACCUGAAUGCUCAUCCAAAGGCCAUCGAGAAACACAUAGACAACCAGCACCUCCUCGUCAACUUUGCCAACCUGCAGAUCGAUGACGAGGCGUGGGUUGCAGAGAGGAAGAGAAGGUUCCCCACCAGCCAGAGAGCUGAGCUUCGACGUGCCCAGCAGCUGGAGAAAGUCAAGCGUGGAGAGAAGCUGGGCAAGAGUCUCAAGCGCUUUGCUUCCAGAGGUGGGAGAGGGAAGGGCAGAGGAAGGGGAAGGGGAAGAGGUGGUGGUUGUGAUGGUAGGGAGGGAAGUUGUGAUAGUGGUGAUGUGAAAAAUGAGCAGAAGAGGCCAGCCAAUUCAGAGUGGAGUAACCAGCGAGGAAGGAAGAGAAAAAGAAUGCUGCAUGGUGGUAGGAAGGAUAAAGUGGAGGAAGAGAUUGAAAAUAAGGAGAGAAAUGUUAAAGCUGAGCCCUCCUGUGCCUUGAAGGAGGCACCACAGCAUCAGAGGAGUACCCAGACAGCUGCUGCUCCCUUGCCAGACCCAGACUCUGAUGAGGAGGAUGCCAGGGAUGGCAUCCCGGCCUUUCGUGGCACCAGACAUUUCUAUGAGAGCACAGGAGAGAUUAGCUACUUUGGCGUUAAAUCUGGCACUGCCCCAGACAGUGCUGUGAAGGAGGAGGAAGUGAAGGAAGCAGCACUGUCUGAAGUGGUCAUCAGUGAUGAAGAGGACUGGGAAGAGAAUGGGCCAAGAAAUGUAAGCAGUGGUGGUGCUGCUGCUCAGUCCUCCAUCCUUGUGCUUGGGGGUGCCUUGGGCAGCCUGAUGGGUGCAUACUCAGACUCUGAAGGAGACAGUGACUCUCCAGAAUCAAGAACACUGGAGGCAGGGAGGCAGUGUGCCACUCAACACCAAAGCCAGAAUGCCACAAACAACCAGCUGCCCUGCAAAACCCAAGCUGCAGAAUGUGACAUAACAAAGAAGGAAAGUAAUGAGAGAAGUGCAGCAGCACCAGAACCUGUGACGACCACCACCACCACAGCAAUAGCAGCAGUAGCAGCAGCACAACAUGCAACCACCACCAAGAUCACCAGGCAGCGAAGAAGGAAGAGGCACCCCAAGAAUGGAAUGCGCAAAGGGCCAAGGCCUCCUGGGGGAGUUCACAGAAGCUUCCCAAAGAGACGCAAGACUCUGCUGGAGAGGCUGCUGCUUCCUGACGUCACAAGGGAGAGGAAUAUCAUCCUUCAGUGUGUGAGGUUCAUUAUUCAAAACAGCUUCUUCCUCCCAAAACACAGCACAGAGAAAGGAAAGGAGAAGGGAGAGAGAACAGCUGAAAAAGACAAAGAGGAACAAAUGGAAGAAAAUUUGAUAAGAGUAGUAGAAGAGGAGAAAAUGAAUCAAAAGGAAGAGAACAGCACAGGAGAGAGUAAUGAAAGGAGCGAGGGCAUGGAGACUCAGAGUCAGGGAGAGAAGGAAGGAAGAGAAACCAAAGAAAAGAAUGAGGAUGAGAGAAAGAAAGAAGAAAAGGGAGGGGAUGAAGAAGGAAAAGAAAAGACUGAAACUACCGGAGAGGAGCAGGAAAAGGAAAAGGAUUUGGAAAGGAAGGAGAAUAGUGAGGGAAAAGAAGAUAAUGAAGGAAAGAAGGAAACUGAGGAUGAAAACAUGGAGGAGAGUACAAGAAAUAAUGGAGAGACAGAAGUGGAAUUGAUAUGUGAGGAAGAUGAACAAAAGCAUGAAAAUGGAAAAGAAGAGCAAGGAGUUUGAGAGAGAACCAGAAUAAGAUGGAACUGUUAUAAAAGAAAAGUGUAGGAGUCGUGUGUAGGAAAUUGUGAGAAAGAAAAGUAUAAAGCAAGAUGAAGGAAAUAAAACUGGAGGUGAUUGUGAAGAGAGUGCUUGUAGAUAAGAGAAAUAAUGUGAAGAGAAGAAAGAGAUGGAAAGGAAAACUGGAGGGAGUGAAAUGAAAAAAGGAAACUAAAAUACUUUCUUGAUAAUUAAUUGUAAUGUGAGAAGUAUGUUGCAAAUUAAAAAGAUGGAUGUGGAAUUAUAUUGUAUUGUAAUAUGAAUGUAAUGUAAUGUAUUGUUAUAUACUUGCAGCUUUUGUCAAAUAGAAUUCUGAUUUAU